AUGAAAAAACUCAAUAGCACCUGGACUGCAGGCAAGACAUCAAGAUUCCAUACUCUAUCUGAUAUAAAACGCUCUCUUGGCGUUUACCCCGAUCCUAACAACCGCCAAUUACCUAUUCUGUGCAGGGAAAAUGGGGAUCUGCAUGACCUGCCUGAGUCCUUUGACGCUCGUGACCAUUGGCCCAACUGUCCCACGAUCAAACACAUACGUGACCAAUCUUCUUGUGGAUCCUGCUGGAUAUAA